CUUUUGCAAAAGUAUCGAUUUAUAACCUAAACCUAAACGCUUGUUUAAUAAAGAAGAAAGCAUUUUUUCUUUUUGUUGUGAUAGUGAUUUAAACCACGGAUUUGUUUGUUGUGUAUUGUGUUUCAACAAGUGAUUAAAGGCCAAUAGCUCAAAUAAUUCGAAUUUGGGAAAUUAAAAUAUAUCAUCAACUUAUUAUUGUUCAGCAAACAAGUUUGUAUAGCAUUCAUUGGUUGAAAGCUAUGAAUAAUUCGUGUGUAAUUGGAGUCAAUCUAAUGCAAACAUUCUUUGUUUACAUUUCCGCAAUGUAGAAUGCAGGAAAAAAUUACAGUAGAAUAAACUCAAAAAUUGAACAAAUAUUUCCCAAUGUUGAAUCUUGCUACAGUCAAAGUGACAACUGCAUUGGCAUGUUAUUGCCUAUAAAUUGUUUAUUGGCUUUAAAUUUAACAAUUUUUUCUAUUAAACAGUGAAAUGAAUCCGUAGAAUUGUGUUUGAAAUCAAAUAAACUUGAUGAGUAGCCUAAUCAUCAAUAGGGCAAUUUAUUGGUAAGUAGUAAUUAUCAAUUUGGAACGUUGUUAUUAAACUAGGAUUCAAAAAUGGCUAAUAUGGAUUACGGUGCUAGUAUUUUGAGGAUCGUUGUAGCUCAGAUGUGUGAGACUGUUGGAUGGAAUUCAAUACAAACUACUCCCUUGCAACUUCUUACCGAUGUUUUACAAAGAUAUAUUACAGAAGUAGCUGAAAACGCGCAUAGAUAUGCAGAACAGUUUGGUCAUACACGACCCACACUUCAUGAUUUGGGGUUGGCUUUCCAAGACAUGAAAAUCAAUACCGGUGAUUUGCAAGAAUACAUUGAAUACGUAGCUACUAUUCCUUUACGAAGAGAAGUGCCCAAGUACCCAAUCAGCAAAGAAUCGCAUCUUAAUUUGCUGAAACCGGGAAGCCGAGAAGUUGUGACACGCCCAGUCCAUAUUCAUGAGCAUCUUCCAGCUAUGUAUCCGGAAUUGGAAAAGGAGGAUUAUGGACAGAAACCUAGUACACUGACAGUUGAAACAAGCAGUACAGAAGUUGGAUCACCAUCAAAUCAUUUCAAGAGACCUGGUGAUCCAGUAUCUUCAAUUUCACCUCAAUUAAAGCAAGCCAGGCUAUUGAAUGAAGAGGAAGGACGUCCAUUGCGCGAAAUUUCCAGUGUCAUGAUGACUACUUCUGGCUUCCUCUCACCAGCUCGUGAAGGCAAGCUUCCUGAAGCCCACACUCCUGCACCUCCAAGUAAACUAGCAACAUAUUCCGGUGGCAGUUCAGGAUCGUCCUCUUAUCCAACUGUUCCUCCGGAGGUGAAGGGUGAGAAGAAGACUAAAAAGAAAUCUAUUAAAAUUCCCAAAAAGAUAGACAAUGAGAGCAAACUAAGUGACGUUGUUGAUUUGGUUAAUUUAGAUGAUUCAAAAGUAAAGAAGUUGGUAGGUAUGAAAGAACUCUCCAAACUCAAAGCUCUGAAAUCUUUUAAACUUUCACAUUCCAAUGUCAGUAGUUCCCUGAAAAAACUACCAAGAAUUCCCAAAAUCAAACGUAAAAAAAUCGGUGGUAGUAAGCACAAGAAAAUAAAACAUAAAAUUCCUGCCAAAAGUCAACAUCUGGAUUCUACUAGUAACAUACCCUUGAUUAAAUCAGAUUCUAUGGAAAACGAGAUUGAUGUAUGUGGAAACUCUGAAGAAAAUUAUGGAAAUGAUGAUUCACCAAUGAAAGAUACUGAAAUUAAACUUACUUCUGAACCAGAUAAACAAAAAUUGAAUAUUUUCAAGAAAAUAUCCAAAGUCAAGGAGGAUAAAUCAGAGCAUUUUGAUGAUUCAGUAACAGUAGAGGAACCAAAAAAUGAUGUAUAUACUGAAAAAUUAUCAUCAACAAUGGAAAUAUCACAGCCUGAAGAAGAAAACUUCCAGAAGCAAGAUUUGCCACAUUCUCCAAUGGAGUGUCUACCCAGCCCACCAGCAUCUUCUAACACCGAUUUCACUGAAAAUGCAUUUUAUUCGCCACCAGGUCCACCUCGUACACCUGAAGUCAUUAUUCCCAUAAAAAAGAACAAAUCUAAAAAGCAUAAGAAAGAUAAAACAAAGGUGAAGAAAGUUAAACCUGUAAAGAAUCAAAAUACUGUUAGUCAAAAACUUGAGAGCGAACCAAUUGAGGAAGAAAUCAUCGAUAAACCAAAAACACCCGAAAUAGAACCAUUGAAAGACAUGAAAUUUAUUCCAACUCCUUCACCAGUAUUCUCAUUUUUUGAGAACUUCCCAUCAGGCCCUGGUCUCAUACCUCCUCAAAUUUCCAAUCUAUUCACUCCAAAACCUAAUACUGACAAAUAUAAUACACUUAUCCCCCCACCAAUGGUUCCUGUUCCCAAGAUCAAAACACCACCGGUGCCGCACGAUCUUCCCCCAAUCAAAUCUCAACUUUCCCCAUUACUGCCUCCUUCUCCUUCCCUUAUAUCACCACAACCUACAAAUGCAAAAAAUGACAUUCCUCCAACUCCUGAGACUCCUAAGACAAUUCAGCUGCCAAAAACCGAAGUCAUUGAUAAGCCUCCAUUGUUCAAAGUGAAACUGAAAGAAGAUAAGAAGAAAAAGGAGCAUCGUUCUGACAAGAAGGAUAAAAUCAAAAAGAAGAAACACAAAAAAGAUAAAAUGAAGAAUAAAGAGGAGAAGGAUGGUAUCAAGAAGAAAGAUAAAAGUCGCGAAAAGAAAGAAAAGAGGCGAGAGGAAAAGAAACGUGAGAAAGAAAAAGAUCAAUGUGCUCCAGUGGAAUCAACAAGUGACGACAUGAAAUCAUCUAAUAGUGGCAAUGUACCCAAGAUAACUUUGAAACUAUCCGCCGCAGAACCUCCACCACCCAGUGAACAGCCGCAUCGUAAGAUUGUCGUCAUCAAACCAGUGAAGAAGCCUGAAGAGCAACAUGUCACUAGUAAAGAGGACACACAACCGGUUAAAACACCACAUCAAGCAAAACCCAAAUCCAGUAAGAAAAGUACGUUGUCAUCAGCGGCUACUCCACAAUCUUCCAAUUCUAUAGACAGCACUACCACGCCGAUUCCCUCCUCUUCCAAGCCUAAAAAGCCGCCAACAAGCAGUAAUUUCACUCCGCAAUCGAAAGAGUCAAAGAAACCAUCGAAAGAAGGGGGGGAAGAGCCGCAGCCGUAUUACUACGACGAGUCGGGCAACCAGGUGUGGAUAUGUCCCGGGUGUCGCGGCCCGGACGACGGUAGCCCGAUGAUUGGCUGUGACAGCUGCGACGCCUGGUAUCACUGGGUGUGCGUCGGCCUCCAACUUCCGCCCCAGUCAAGUGACUGGUUUUGCAAAUACUGUAUUGCCAGGAAAGAUACAGCGGCCGCCGGUGACAAGAAGAAGAAAUUUCGCAAAAAGUUGUUGGGUAAAUGAUCUUAUCACUUUUUCAAUUUCAAUGUUCAUUAAAAACUAAUUAGUAAGUUGAAAUGUUAGUACAAGCAUAGAUUGUCCCGUUCCUAGCUUUUUAUGUUUAAGAUAGAAGUUUAGUUUUUGACAAUUUAUAAGUUGUGAAUGUAACUUUAAACUCUAUUUCAU